CUUUUUCUACAACAAACCCACCCACACCCUUCCCAGGUCCCUUUUUCUUCGCUCCAUCGAUUCAAUUCGCCAUCCCGGUGGCACAGGAGCCAAGAUGGUCCGAAAAUUCUCCAAGUUCCCCAAGAAGCCCGCGGGCUGGCUGCCUCCUUCGGCGCCGCUGUCCAUGCGGAAGCAAAUCUACCUUCCCGACUUUACAAUCGCCCUCAUGCGCACGCCUUACCUCCCGCCCCGAUAUGCCUCCUUCUACGUGCCGCUGAACUUCAACAAGCUCGACAUCCGCGACUACCUCCAGCGUCUGUAUGGCGUCGACGUGCUCAGCGUGCGAAGCUUCGUCGAGCAGCAGAAGGUCACGCGUUUGAAACCCAAGGACAAGUUCGGCUACGGAAAGUGGAGGAGGCCCAUGUCGAAGAAGAAGAUGACCGUCGAGAUGAAGCAGCCCUUCGUGUGGCCUGAGACUCCGAAGGAUAUGGCUCCAUGGGAGAACGAACAAUUCCACCGCGCGGCCAAAUACCAGAAGCAGCUCUCGGACUCGCAACGACCAGAGGCCGGCACCAAGCCGGACAAGGACGCCCGCGAGGCCUACGAACAAGAAGCGAAGAAGCUGCUGGACGGCUCGAAAUCCUGGAGGCCGACUUGGCGCGCCCUGGGCCUCAGCUACGACCGCCCCGCGUUCGGGGUACCGAAGAACAACUCGGGCCCUGCUUCGAGCAGCUCGUAAGCUGGUGGAUUGAGGGUCGUUGGGAUUGUUUGUCUCGGGUGGUUGGUUGGAUAGAUUAGAAAAGCGGAUUGGAUCUUUUCUCUGGGCUGGGGUGUUGAAUCCUUGGUCUUUUCUUUCUUUUUUUCUUGUUAUGUGCUAAUUGUCGACAAUGUAUUAUAUUCCAUGUCUUAUAUAAAGAAAGACUUAUCGAGAAUUCUGAAUAACUAGAUUCACC